AUGGCCGCUACAAGCAAUCCCAGUAUUGGUGGGCAACCAUUGCCUCAGAAACCCGAGGAGCAAACUCCUCGUACUGAGGAAUAUCCCCAACAACCUGCAAAGCAGCCCAUGACGGCAAAGGCGACAAGAUGCAACGAGGAAUUAGCCAGACAGGCUGCUGACGCCCAAGCACCUCCCCGGAGGCCUAGAGGACGCCCUCGUGGGAGCAUGACUGCUAGGAGGGCGGAACAAGCAUCACAGUCGAAUCAGCCAAGUCCUCAGAGGAGUACCCGGGUUGAGGCCACUGCCAACCUGACUGUAGACUUGCCUAUAGGAACGAGUAAUAAUCGAGCCCCUCCAGUGGCACAGAACCCGAAUCUUGAUACUACAAGAAACAACCCAGAACCUGACCGGGUAAACUCUAGGCCAUCCAGGCCCGACAAUGGGAGACAACCCCCGCCGCCCAUAAGGCAUCCACCAUCUCCAAUAAGGCACCCUUCGCCAGUCCAAGAGGUCACACGAAAUACACCACAGAGGCCAUCUUGCAGCGGCAGUCGAGAUGGAAACCGACAGGCUAGGCCUGGACAGGGGAACGAAAGAGAGGAAACCCGAGAUCGCAGGGCUCUUCAGCCAUCAGGAAGCCAAAUGUCAAGAUCACAAACUGCUAGAACAGGAAGGCUAGCAGGGGACCCACCUCCUAAUCACCGAGCCACACAUCAAAAGAAGGCUAAAAGUUAUGUAAGAGAAAGGUAA